CGUUUUUGGGGAAUGCCAGAACUGUCUUUCCUCCCGUUAUAACGUUACUGUCCAGUCUCUACCCUUUUGCUAUAUUCUCUAUCAGUUGACUUUUACUAUAUAAAUCUCACUUGCAACUGGUUGUUGUCUAAUGAACAUAGUAGUAACAAUGAAGUUCUCGAACGUUUUCAGUGUGGUAUUAGCUUUAAUUCUAUGUAUCUCAUCACCAAGAUUGAUCUCUGCUGCUGAAGAAGAAGGUGGUGCUAAAGCUGUCGAAUAUGUUUUGACUCUUGAUCACACUAACUUUCAUGACACCAUCAAGAAACAUGACUUCAUUGUCCUUGAAUUCUAUGCUCCUUGGUGUGGGCAUUGCAAAAGUCUUGCUCCAGAGUAUGAGAAAGCUGCAGCUUUAUUGAGCAGUCACGACCCUCCAAUCGUUCUUGCAAAGAUUGACGCCAACGAAGAAUCAAACAAAGCACUAGCAACUGAAUUUAAUGUUGGUGGUUUCCCCACUCUUAAGAUCGCAAGAAAUGGAGGAAAGGAUAUAACUGACUACAAGGGUCCAAGAGUAGCAGAUGGUAUAGUUGAAUACUUGAAGAAACAAGUUGGUCCAGCAUCAGCUGCAAUAAGUUGUGCAGAAGAUGCUAGCAAUCUAAUCAGUGACAGCAAAGUGUUUGUGGUUGGGGUGUUCCCAAAAUUUUCCGGGGAGGAAUUUGAGAACUUCAUAACUCUAGCUGAGAAGUUGCGCUCCGACUAUGAUUUUGGUCACACAUUAGAUGCUAAGUUUCUUCCAAGAGGAGGUGAUGUGAAAGUGCCAACAGUUAGAUUUUUGAAGCCUUUUGACGAACUUUUCGUCGAUUCGCAGGAUUUUAAUGUGGAUGCAUUGGAGAAGUUCCUUGGUGAAGCCGAUGUGCCUCUCGUUACUCAAUUCGACAGUGACCCUAAAAACCAGCCAUAUGUUAGCAAAUUCUUUAACAACCCCAAUGCCAAGGUUAUGUUGUUCCUCAACUUCACUGGUGCACUUUCUGAUGCUAUCAAAUCAAAAUUCCAAGAGGUUGCCAAGAACCAAAAAGGGAAGGGGUUAAGCUUUCUAAUGGGUGAUCUUGAAACCAGUACACGUGCUCUCCAGUAUUUUGGCCUGAAAGCAGACCAGGUACCUCUCAUCAUCGUACAAAAUACCAAUAAGGAGAAGUAUCUAAAAGAACACUUGGAGGCAGAUCAAAUUGAACCUUGGAUUAAGGAAUACCUGAACGGCAAUGUGAAGCCAUUCAGAAAGUCAGAGCCUAUCCCAAAGGUUAACGAUGAACCAGUCAAGGUGGUUGUUGGAGACAAUGUCGAAGAUGUUUUCUUCAAUUCUGGAAAGAAUGUUCUGCUCAAGUUCUAUGCACCUUGGUGUGGACAUUGCAAAACAUUGGCUCCGAUCCUGGAGGAAGUUGCCGUAUCAUUCCAAAGUGAUCCCGAUAUUAUUAUCGCUAAGCUCGAUGCCACUACCAAUGACUUCCCUGCCGAUAAAUUCGAGGUUAAAGGUUACCCGACUUUGUACUUUAAAUCAUCAUCUGGCAUCGCAGUGCAGUAUGAUGGGGGCAGAACAAAGGAGGAUAUCAUCGACUUUAUUGAGAAGAAUAAGGAAACAACUGUCAAGACAGAUGAGGCUACCGAGCCUGUGGAGCUUGACGCCGUUAAAGAUGAACUGUGAUCAGAGGUAGAGGUAGUGGCUUGCUGUAAGUUAGAGAAGAGAAUCCAAUAGAAAGACGCAUCCGCUAGUCCGAUUACAAUGGCUAAUGUGGGGUAUUUGUUCAACUACCGGUAGUAGAAAGCUUAGGCGCACCAAAUUUUUCUCAAGCAAAUCUCUAAUUAUUGUUGUUUCUGAAUAAAUGAAGAGAUUGUUUUACGCUUGUAAUGUUAGUUCUUAGAUUAGACUAGUAGUUUUACUUCUAUUACAGCAAAAGUACCUUUCUUUUUUGUCUGAGCUAUAAAUAUAAGUCAUCUCUUGCUUGCUUGGUUCUUUUCUUGC